GAUGGAUCAAUGAAUAAUAAUAAAGCUAGGCGUGGCUCAUUAUUGCUACAAAAAAGCAAAGACGCAUUUUAACAUAAAAUGGCAUCAAGUGAAGCAAGCACUACAGUACCACCCACUCCUAGUGCCCCAGCAGAGUUUGAACUUCAGCAGAGCCCACCUACUGGACAAGAUGCAGCAGCAGUAGAGCUGCAACCACCUCCAUAUGAACCAACUGCUGUGAGUGCUAUUACAGCUCAACCAAUAAUAACCACUCAACAGCCAUCAGCAGCUCCUAAUGGGCAAAUUCAAGAGAUACACGAUGAUCCUAAUUACAGAAGUCAAGAAUACAAUCCACAAAUGGUGUGUUCGUUAUGUGUGCUGGUGACAUGUCUCAUUUGCUGCAACUUUUCAUCGUUAAUGUUUACAGUGCCUGCUGUAAUAUUCUCAUGGAGAGCAGUACAAGCUGCUCAAGAAAAUAAGUAUCGUGAUGCAGAUCAGAGGAAGAAUGUUGCUUAUACAUGUGUAUUGCUAGCAAUGUUCCAGUUUUUCAUUAUGAUUAUACUACUGGCUAUUGCUGCUGCAGUAUUUACUUUAGUAGAAACUGAUGUAAUAGAUAUAAGUGCAUCUGAGUGAAAUUUAAGUAGAUAUAAGCUCUAAAUGAAUUAUGUUUACAAAUUAA